AUGUUCGCCUUUGGCCCCGUCAUCCGCCAGCCGGCGCUGGGGCGCCACACGGGCAGCGUCAUCCUGCUGCACGGACUGGGAGACACGGGGGAGGGCUGGGCGCCGGUGGGCCCGCAGCUGCGGCUGCCGCACAUCAAGUUCAUCUACCCCACGGCUCCCACGCGGCCCAUCACAGUCAACAUGGGCAUGCGCAUGCCGGGGUGGUUUGACAUCACCCACCUGGACCAGACCGGUCUGCUGAACAUGAUGAAAGGCCGGCCGUUCGACCCGGAGGGCGUGGCGGCGGCGGUGUCGCAUGUGCGCACCCUGAUCGAGCAGGAGGUGGCGGCGGGCAUCCCGCUCAGCCGCAUCGUGGUGGGCGGCUUCUCUCAAGGCGGCCACGUGGCGUACAAGGCGGCGCUGACCCACCCGCAGCCGCUGGCGGGCUGCAUCGCGCUUUCCACCUGGCUGGAGCCGUCCCUCAAAGACGUGGGGCUGGCUGCGGCGGUGCCGCCAGCCAACCUGCAGCUGCCACUGUUUGUGGGGCAUGGCAGCGUGGACAACCUCAUCCCGCCUGUCAUCGCCACCACCACCCAGGAAGUGCUGGAAGGGAUGGGCUGCACCAACAUUGAGUUCCACAUGUACACGGGUAUGGGCCACAGCAGCUGCCCCCAGGAGCUGCAAGACGUGCGGAACUGGCUGCUGCGGGUGCUGCCUGACCUCCCUGCCACCCGGGAGGAGGUGCAGAGCAUGUCAGUUGGGCAGCUCAAGGCCUUCCUGCAGGGCAAGGGCGUCAACACCACUGGCAUGUUUGAGAAGAGCGAGAUGGUGGAGGCGGCUCUGGCGCUGCUGUAG